AUGGCUCGCAAAAUUCUCUGUGUGGCUGAAAAGCCUGCCAUUGCUCGCGCGGUGGCCACUCACUUGUCCGGAGGUGCUUUUCAAACACAUGCCAUUCGUGGAAAUCAAUAUGUGAAGAAUUAUGAAUUUGAUUUCAAUUUCGGUGGUGCCUGGGGUAACUGCUCGGUCACAAUGACCAGCGUGGUGGGACAUCUCACUGGCCUAGAUUUCGAUCGCCAAUACAAGGGUUGGCAGUCAUGUCCUCCGGGAUCACUCUUCGAAGCCCCUGUACAGGAAACUGUUGAUAAGGACAAGCUUCCGAUUGCGGAAAACAUUCGGAAUCAAGCUAGGUAUGCCAAAGCACUGUUCAUCUGGACCGAUUGUGAUCGCGAAGGCGAACAUAUCGGAUCUGAAGUCCGUAACCAGGCAAAAGCCGGAAAUGGCCGGAUUGAGGUCAAGCGAGCCAAGUUCAGUAACACAGAAAGCGCACACGUUCGUCGAGCUGCUUUAGAACCAGUCGAUCUUGACGAAUAUCAAGCCAAUGCCGUGGCUGCCAGGAUUGAACUGGAUCUCCGAAUUGGCGCUGCAUUCACUCGGCUCCAAACCCUGCAGUUGCAGACAGUGGUGGCAGCCUUGAAAGAAAAGAUUAUCAGCUAUGGAUCAUGUCAAUUUCCUACGUUGGGAUUUGUUGUUGAUCGUUAUUUGAGAGUCCAGAACUUCAAACCAGAAACCUUUUGGGGAAUCAAGGUUACCCUCAACCGGGAGGGCAAGAAGGUCAAUUUUCUCUGGAGGCGGGUGCAUCUCUUUGAUAGAGCAGUCGUAACAAUGAUGCUGGAGCGCUGCUUGGUUGCAAAACAAGCAAAAGUCACCAAAGUAAACCAGAAGCCUACCAGCAAAUGGAGGCCUUUGCCUUUGACCACUGUCGACCUGCAGAUGAUGGGGAGUAGAUUUCUCCGCAUAGACAGUCAAACAAUUAUGAAGGUGGCAGAAACACUUUACACCAAGGGAUAUAUUAGCUAUCCCAGAACCGAGACAGAUCAAUUCGACAAGGCGAUUGAUCUCAAAAAGUUGAUUGAAAAGCAAUACCCAGAUAGCUCAUGGGGCCAAUACGCUCGAGAACUCAUCGAUGGCAAAUACAGAACUCCUCGCUCUGGCCGCCAUAAUGACAAAGCCCAUCCUCCAAUCCACCCAGUCAGCUGGGUUUCUCCAAACCAAUUGAAUGCAAAUGAAAAAAAGGUCUAUGAAUUCGUGGUCCGCCGAUUCCUCGCUUGCUGCUCUGAGGAUGCAAAGGGUCAGAGUUCGGAGGUUGAAAUUCAAUACGGCGAUGAAUUCUUCCACGCAAGUGGCCUUGUCGUGUUGGAGAGAAACUACUUGGAUGUAUACGUCUAUGACAAAUGGGAAAGCAGCCAGCAACUGCCCAAUUUCCAAAAAGACGAAUUAUUUGAGCCUACUGAGGCCAACAUUUUUGAAGGAAAAACUACUGCUCCAAGUUAUCUGACUGAGCCUGAGCUCAUCGGCCUGAUGGACGCCAAUGGAAUUGGCACCGACGCCACGAUGGCAGAACAUAUUGCCAAGAUUAAAGAACGUGAAUACGUCGCUGUAAAUCAGCGAGGUAGUGGUCGCACCUCAGUGACAGAACUUAUUCCCACUCGUUUGGGCGUUGCCCUUGUUGAAGGCUACGACAACAUCGUUGCUGGUCUCCCGAAUAGUGUGUCACUCAGCAAACCAUUCCUUCGCAAAGAAAUGGAAUUACGGAUGCUUGAGAUCUGCUCGGGGACCAAAACUCGACAGGAGGUUGUGCAACAGAGUCUCGAUAUGUAUCGAGAGGUCUUCAUUCAUACUCAGAGACGCAUUAAUAUGCUCAAAACAGCCUGUCGCAAAUACCUUGUUGAAGAACCUGAGUCAUGA